AUGGGAACCCUGAGAGACGGCAACUGUUCUCUGGUUAUAUACAACAUCAGACAGGAAGAUGAAGGUCCUUAUCAUUUUAGGAUUGAUUUCAACAACAACAACGAUCGUUUCAGCUUCUUCCCUGUAACACGGCUCCGUGUUUCUGAUUUCACAGAUAAACCCUCAAUAUUCCCUGUUGAAACGGUGGAAGGAAAGACUUGGGGUGACAAACUGACAUAUACUUCUGUUGUGUCCCUGACCCCAGCGCUCAAACAUCACAGGCAAAACCUCACCUGCAGAUUCAGAUACCGAACUGUUUCAUCGGAGCAGACCCUCACACUGACUGUUCAAUAUUCCCCACAGAAUCUCUCAAUCACUUCUUCCGACAAGGUGAACAAAUCCUGGGUCAGUAUAAAGGAAGGGAACUCUACAGCGAUCCUCUGCUCCGUCCAGAGUUUCCCAGCGUCAAACCUGACAUGGAGACAUCUUGGUGUCACAAUGAACAGAACAAGUUCCAACAACGAGCUGUGGUUGGAGUUCCCUCAGGUGACACCGCGCCUCACUGGGGUCUAUCAGUGUGUGGCGGAGAAUAAACAUGGGACAACGGAGAGGUCCGUGACCCUCGCCAUAGAACAGUUUUUCCUGCUGGAUAUUUUCGGGGCGAAGUCCAGACGGGCCGCGGGGAAACCGGUUAUGGACCGUGGGGAGAUCCCGGUCCAGAAUGCGGAAGCGCGGGUAUCCGGCGGCCGUCGGGUGCGUUACCCCAGUUGCUGA